AUGAGUUACGCCGACGCCGCUGCUAAGGGCCCAAAGCAGGCAGCCGAAGAGGUAGGCCAGGUUCCCAACACGUCCCGAUCAUAUUUCUCAGCUAACACAUCACAGGCGCGUGCUGCCCCAGUUCCUUCGCUUUCCCAUUCCGAAUCUGAAUCCGCCAGCUUGAUCGACGUUGACUCGCCACACGUUAGCUCCGUCAAGUCUGAUUUUCAGGAACAAGCCGUCAAGACAGAGACCCAAGCUGAAAGAGUCGAGCAUGAAUUAGAAGAGAAGGCUCACGCUGAGGCUGAAAAGCUGUCGGCUGCUGCGGAGAGUGCGAACAAGAAAGCCGUCACGAAGGGCAAAGAAGUGAGGGAUGCCUUGGAAAAAGAUCGUAAAAAAUUGAGCGACAACAAAGACAACCCUGUUAUUAUUGGAAAUGCCAUCAUUUGGGGUCUUGCUACUCUCGCCAUUGGCUAUGGCGCUUACCAGAAGCACGUCAAGGGCCAAUUGGACUGGCAACUCGCAGGCACAGUUGCAGGAUGUGUCAGCGCCUUUGCUGUAGCCGACUACUUCGGCAGCAAGUGGUUGUUCGAAAACAAGUACCCUCCCAAGUAG